GCGCUGGACCUCUUCCGCCGCGCCGCUAAACUCGGAGACCCGGGCGCGCACGAGGAGCUCGGAUUCGCGCACGCCACCGGAUGGGCCGGAGCUGCCGAAAACCCGGCGUUGGCCGUGACGCACCAGUACUUUGCGGCGAUGGGCGGCGACCCGCGGGGUCAGAUGGCCAUGGGGUACAGGCACCUGCACGGCCUCGGCGUGCCCAAAUCGUGCGCCACGGCGGCGUUGUAUUACGAGGCUCCGGCGUCGAGGCUGAUUGAAAUCGUCCGAGAUCCGGCCGCCGGACCCACGCCAACCGUCGAGAAGACGCGGCUGACGCCGGACACCGAGGGCGGCGACGGCGGCACCGCGCGGGAGCGCGACGUGGUGCAGUACUACCAGUACAGCGCGGACAUGGGAAACGCUGACGCGGCGACGGCCAUCGGACGAAUCUUCGCCGCCGGCGCAAAGGGCCUUCGACGAGACAGGCGACGAGCGUACAGGUACUUUACCCAGGCGGCGGCGGCGGGAGACGCGGACGCCAUGUCGCAGCUGGGGCACCUGUUCGCCAACGGGUUGGGGGUGCGGGCGAACAACGCGACGGCGAUCGGGCUGUUCAAGGCGGCCGCGGAGAAGGGUAACGCCAACGCUCAGUUUGGCCUCGGGUACAUGCACCUGGCGGGGUUUGGAGUGGAAAGAAACGAGAAGAAGGCGCUGAACUACUUCACCAAGGCGGCGGAGCAGGGCAGCGCCGAGGCGCAGUUUCACGUCGGCGCGAUGCACGCCAAGGGUGUCGGCGUGCGCCGCGAUUACACCAAGGCGUUUUACAACUUCAACCUCGCCGCGCACCAAGGUCACGCCGUCGCUCUGUACAACCUGGCGAUGAUGCAACUCGCCGGCGUCGGUUUACCGGCGUCGUGCGCGAACGCCGUGGUGCUUCUGAAGGGUUUAGCGGAGCGUGGGCCCUGGAACCGACGUCUCGAGUCUGCGCACGGCGCGUACAGAACCCGCGCGUACCAAAAGGCGCUCGUCAAGUACAUGAAAGCGGCGGAGACGGGCGUGGAGGUGGCGCAGAGCAACGCGGCGUACGUGCUGGAAGGGGCGAAAGAACGGUGGGACCCCGACUGGUCUCGGGACUGGUGGGACGGCGAAGAACGGGAACGGCGCGCGAUCCACUACCACAGACUCGCGGCGGACCAAGGCAACGUUCGCAGUUUGCUUCGCAUCGGCGACGCGUACUACUACGGCGUCGGCGUCGGCGAGGCGGACCGGAACAAAUCCGCCGCCGUGUACCUGCAGGCGUCGCAGAAGCGGAGCGCUCAGGCGAUGUUCAACCUCGGCACCAUGCACGAGCACGGGCUGGGUUUACCCAAGGACCUGCACCUGGCGAAGCGGUACUACGACAUGGUGUUGAGCGCGGAUCCAAAGGCGUGGGUGCCGGUCAAGCUCGCGCUGUGGAAGUUG